AUGUGGCCGCGCCAUGGUGCUCACUGCGGCAGGAAGCGCUUGCUGCAGGUGAGGACUCGGCUAUUUCACACUGCCUGCUGUGCGUAUGCGAAAAAAUCGCCGAAUCCGUACCACGACACACUUCGCCUGCCACAGACGCCCUUUAGCCUGCGUGCGUUUGCCAAGGAUCGUGAGCCCUUAUUUCGUCCUGCGACAACGUCAAAUUUGUAUCGAUGGCAGCGAGAGAAUCUGGGGCGCCCAGGAGAGCGGGACUUUGUGCUGCAUGAUGGACCGCCCUACGCGAAUGGCCAUUUGCACAUGGGUCAUGCUCUCAAUAAGAUUGUCAAGGACAUGAUUCUUCGGUACCAGGUGUUGCGCGGUCGUCGGGUGCAUUAUAUGCCGGGAUGGGACUGUCAUGGACUUCCGAUUGAGCUUAAAGCGCUAGGUGAGCUAGGUCCCGGACAGAGUCCCAGUGAUGUUCGCUCCGCUGCGCGACGCGUCGCCCUUCGCGAAAUGGAGCAGCAGCGCCAUGAAUUUCAGCAGUUGGGUAUCAUGGCCGACUGGCAGAACACGUACCAGACCCUUGAUUUUUCAUAUGAGCUUGAGCAGUUGCGUCUCUUUGCGCAAUGCGUGGAACGCGGCUUGAUUUAUGAGCAAUUCCGACCGGUGUAUUGGUCGCCAUCAACGCACACAGCCCUGGCCGAAGCUGAAAUUGAGUAUGAUGACAAGCAUGUAAGUCGAAGCACAUAUGUGCGAUUCCCGCUACGUCGCAGCAAAAUUUUGACGGGGUUGAAUGAGCCCGUGUACCUGGCCGUGUGGACUACGACGCCAUGGUCUUUGCUGGGCAACAUGGCACUUGCCGUUCGCGCUGAUGCAGCGUAUGUUCUUGUGCGCCGAAUCGAGACGCACGAAUUGUAUAUUGUGGCUGAGGACCUAGUUGAGUCGCUUGCCUCUGUGCCGGCCGGUCGGCCUGGUGAAUCGGGCACGUUGGGCCCUUUUGACAAGUUGGCUACCGUGGCGGGCGCCGACCUUGUCGGGUCCACGUACGAGUGUCCAUGGAUGCUGCCUACUGAGGAGCGGUUUUUGAUGAAUGCGCCAUUUGUCACGACCGACGCAGGCACGGGUAUUGUGCAUAUGGCGCCGGCCCAUGGUCAAGAAGACUAUGAAGUAUGGCGUGAUGCUGGUUUCCUCACGAAGUAUGGUCUCAAGUCGCCUGUGGAUGCGUUGGGGCGACUCGUGACGAAUGCAUCAUGGGGGCUGAACGAUGUCAUUCGUGCGGACGUCGCUCGGCUGCAUGGCCUCGAGGCGCUAGGUGACGGUACGGAGCGUUUGUUGCAACUUCUUGACGCACAUAGCGUUCUGCUCAGUGAACGGCCGUACGUGCACAGCUAUCCUAUUGACUGGCGCACGAAAAAGCCGAUUCUGACGCGGGCAACAGCACAGUGGUUUGCUGAUCUGCGUCAGAGCCAGGGCGAUGCGUUGAAAGCUCUCGAGUCUGUCUCGUUCACACCCGGCACCGGUCGUCAGCGGCUACGCAGCCUUAUAUCGCAUCGCUCAGAAUGGUGCAUCUCUCGGCAACGCACAUGGGGAGUGCCGAUCCCUGUGGUGUAUGACGCGGCCACUCAUGAACCUAUUAUCAAUGUCGAGAACGUGGAGCAUAUUUUGCGCGUCCUGUCCGAGCAUGGCACUACCAACGUGUGGUGGACGCUGAAUCCACGUACGUUUGUGGCGCCUUCAUUCCGUGAUCCGAGCAAGUCGUACUAUAUCAAGGGCGAUACGCUCGACGUGUGGUUCGAUAGUGGCUCAUCCUGGGCCGUGCUCCAACGGGCUUUGAAUGAACCUGUUUGUACGCCUCAUGCAUGUGCGGAUGUGUAUGUCGAAGGUUCGGAUCAACACCGCGGCUGGUUCCAGUCGUCUCUACUCACACGUGUAUCUGUCUGUGGCAGCGGAGCCACGGCGCCCUUUGCGAAUCUGCUCACGCACGGCUUUGUGGUCGAUGAAGCAGGGCGCAAGAUGUCCAAGUCGUUGGGCAACGUCAUUGCUCCAUCGGCGUUCUUGCACGGCGAUCCCGAGGCCCCCAAAGACUUUCCUCCAUUAGGCGCUGAUGUACUGCGCUGGUGGGCGGCCAAGACAGACUAUACCAAGGAUUCCCCCAUCAGUGUCCUGAUCAUGAAGCAUGUUAGUGACGAAGUGCGCAAGUUGCGCAAUACGGCUCGAUUCAUGCUUGCGAAUCUGUCGGGUCACGCGCGAUCGGCAAUGGCGCCGCUGAAUCGAGCGGGCGCCAGUCUGUUGCAUCGGUACGUCAUGCAUGAGCUGUACUGCCUCGAGACAUCUUGUCGCGACGCUUAUACACGCUUUGACUUUGCUUCUGUGACACGCAGCUUGAUCGAAUUUGCGACCAAGACGCUGUCGACACUGUAUUAUGACAGUGUCAAAGAUACCUUGUAUGCCGGGCCAUCAGAAGACCAGCCACCCAUCUUGGCCGCCAUGAACGAGAUUUUGCAUACAAUCACAUGCGUUCUAGCGCCCAUCCUCCCCCAUCUCGCUGAAGAUCUUCAUUGGUACCGCCAUGGCGCGACAUGCGAUCCCACUCCUGAGGAGGUGCAUUCGAUGCCGUCCUUCUUCCAACAAGGAUGGCACAAUGUCUCGGAUGUAUGGUACGAUCCUUCACUGGAGCAUCGCAUGCAGGAGAUCUUGCGAAUUCGCUCUGAGACGUUUGCUCUCGCGACAUGGUGCAAGGACAAAGACCGCCUUAUCAAAGGCCCUGCCGAAACAGACGUGGCUUUGUACGUCCCGCAGACACAAGCACUGUGCGACCUGCUACAUGCCCACCAUGGCGAGCUACCUGACCUAUUUCAUGUGGCUCAUUUGCAUUUGUAUACGGAUAUGGGAGCUUGGCGCGCCGCAGCGCCAAAAGAUGGAUGGUACCGCGAAGUAGAGAUGCACCAUUUCCCGGUGCACAUUCGACUUCAGGCCUCAUCCCAUGAAAAAUGUCCGCGAUGCUGGAAAUACCACAGUGAGUCUUCUGACACACUAUGCAAACGCUGUGCAACUGUAGUGCAUUAA